AUGCGAUUUCUCUCCCGCCAACCACAGGCGGAUACUAUUUCUCGAGUCGAACCGUAUCCAGUCGAUGUAAAAGAUGGAACAAAAGCUGGUGCAGAGCAUCGAGAGCACAUCGAUACUGUCGAAGACCCUGCUGAGUGGAAGAAAGUCAACUUGAAGGAAGAUGGCGAUGUCGCCCAAAGACUCUUUGCUUCACAGGCUCACGAACCUAUUGACCCAGCCGAAGAAGCAAGAGUCGUAAGGAAGAUCGACUUCAUGAUUCUACCAUACCUGGCUGUCUGUUACGCCUUUUUCUAUAUUGACAAGACGACUCUGAGUUAUGCUGCCAUCUUUGGUAUACGCGAGGACCUCAACAUUCAUGGACAACAAUACAGCUGGCUUUCAAGCAUAUUUUACUUUGGGUUCCUUAUUUGGGCCUUGCCGACCAACUUCUUGAUGCAACGAUUUCCAAUUGGCAAAUAUCUGGGUUUCAAUAUCUUCAUGUGGGGCGCUCUUCUCAUGUGCCAGGCGGCUGCAUCAAACUUUACAACAUUGGCUGUUCUGAGAGCACUCUCGGGGGCUGCAGAGGCGUGUUCUGAUCCAGCGUUCAUGAUCAUCACCUCCAUGUGGUAUACGAGACGUCAGCAACCCGUUAGAAUGGGUCUCUGGUACACCGCUAACGGGUUUGGUAUUGCCUUGGGUGGUCUUCUGGGUUAUGGAAUCGGGCACAUCAAAGCAGGCUUACCCUCUUGGAAAUUCGAAUUUCUCAUUAUCGGAGCCCUCUGCUGUGUGUGGGGCGUAGUGAUGAUGAUCUUCCUUCCAGAUAGCCCGGUCACCGCCAAAGGUCUCAACGAGAGAGAAAAGAGGAUAGCAGUUGAGAGACUGAGAGAUAAUCAGACUGGCAUCGAGAACAAGCAUCUGAAGUGGUAUCAGGUUCGCGAAGCAUUUACAGAUUAUAAGACCUACCUCUUCUUCCUGCUGGGUGUGGUUGGAAACAUCCCCAAUGGCGGAAUUAGUAAUUUUGGUACCAUCAUCAUCAAGGGCUUCGGGUUCAGUACCUUGGUCACGACAUUGAUGCAGGUUCCUUACGGUAUUUUUAUCGCCAUCAGCAUCCUGACAUGUGUAUUCUUGAAUGACAAGUUUGCAUCCAAGGGCAGCCAGACGAGGUGCUAUUUUAUUCUUCUCUUCUUGCUACCAAACAUUAGCGGAUCUUUCGGACUUGCAUUUUUAGCAGCCGACAACAAAGCCGGACGAUUGAUAUGCUACUACCUGACUGGGCCCUACAAUGCGGCUUUUGUCAUGAUUCUGUCCUUGACCACUGCUAAUGUCGCCGGACAUUCCAAGAAGGUCGUGACAAAUGCUAUACUCUUCCUUGGGUAUUGCACAGGCAACAUUGCAGGACCGUUUUUCUACAAAAGUACACAGAGUCCUCGUUACGAGCUCGGUAUCUGGAGUAUGAUCGUCAGUCAUUUGAUCGAAGUCUGCGUUAUACUCUUACUACGUUUGCUCCUGAGCAGAGAAAAUCGUCGCCGAGACAGAAUUCAGAGCGCUUUGCCUGGUGGUCUGGAGGGCAGAGAUCUCAAUGCGACCGCAUUUGCAGAUCUGACUGAUCGUGAAAACGACAAUUUCAGGUAUAUUUACUGA